AUGCAGCUCCUGGUGUUUGUUGUACUUGCUUUCCUAUGGCAGGUCUCCGCCCACUCUAUGCGACGCAUUCGCCGUGAUGACGCACCUAAGCCGUUGUCGCCGAUCCACGACCCUUUCUAUGUUCCUCCGAAAGGUUGGGAUACCACUAAACCAGGUACUAUUUUAGCUACACGCACCAUUCAAGCUGGCUUCACACAAACCCAGCGCAUCAACCUGGAAGCAGCUUACCAGAUUUUGUAUCGCACAUCUGGCACAGAUCCAAGUAUCCCAUCAUAUACGGUCACCACGGUGCUGGUUCCCCAAAAUGCGCGAAAGAACAAGUUGGUCAUGAUCAUGCCAUACCAAGACUCCAAUUUUGUGGAAUGCAAUCCUAGCUACAAAAUCCAGCUUGGCGCACCUCCAGAAGUGAAUGUUAUUCAGUCCGUGGAAGAGCUAAUGUGGACCUCUGUUUUAAACGAUGGUUGGAUUGUCACGAUACCAGAUCACGAGGGUCCUACAGCCGCAUUCUCUUCGGGAUAUCUCGAAGGGUAUGCUUCGCUGGAUGCAGUUCGAGCUACGCUAAACUUUGAUAAGCUGCAAAUGGACCCCAAGUCGCCUGUGGUAGGCACUGGCUAUUCAGGGGGUGCUAUUGCAGGAGGAUGGGCCGCCUCUCUUCUAGAAAGCUAUGCACCUGAUAUCAAUAUGGCUGGCUGGGCUAUUGGAGGUACUCCCUCGAACAGCUCUGCUACCUUUUAUGGGCUGGAUGGAGGUCUCUUCGCUGGCUUUGCUGCUGCUGGUAUUGCCGGCAUUGUGGGAUCCUACCCCAAAGCUAAUGAUUAUGUGGGUUCUGUGAUCACGCCCGAAGGUAACGGUGCCCUUCAGUUUACUCGUGAACACUGUAUGGGAGAAAUUAUUGCGGGUUUGAAAAACGUGAAAAUUACGAGCACUGGGUUUAUGAAGAAUGCCAACCGGUUCCUUGAAGCAGAUGGAAUCCAAGGGCUGUUGAACAUGUUGAGUAUGGGUGCGGACCCCAAGUUGACGCCAAAAGUCCCCAUAUAUAUGUACCACGCUACGAAUGACGAAGUGAUUAUGUUCCCUAUGGCCAAUCAAACGGCCACGCUUUGGUGCCAGAACGGUGCCAAUAUCCAAUUUCAGGAAUACACAGGUCUUGAGAUGGGCCAUGUAUCCACCGAAAUACUGAAUACUCCUUUCGUUCUCAAGUUUAUCCGCGAGAGGAUGGAUGGCAAGCCAUUCAUCCAAGGGUGCCAAUGGCAAUCCACUAUCAAUCCUAUGUGGCAGCCAGAUAUCCUCGGCGCGAAACUGACAGAGGUGUUUAAUUCAAUCUUAAACUUUUUCGGUACCACCGUGGGUCGCGGCGACCAGAUUUUGAAAGAAACUAUUUCCAAUGGCACCUUUGGGUCUACUUUUUGA